ACUAAAAUCCUUCCUUUUGUGAUGUCUCGCUUGAGGCUAGCAAAGAAGCUUCAACCUGCCAAGAAGGCAUGGAAGAGCUUCUCCAACAGAUUACAGUCCAAAUUCAACAAACUCAACAUCACCAAGUCCAUCAAAACCACUCUUCAACGCUUGAUUUCAGCAUUUCAUUCCCUUAGCAAUCUCAUAUCCUCAAAGGGUCAUCGCUCUCUCACUAGUAAAAAGCCAUAUGCUACUACUUCUUACCACCAUUUUCAUCACAAGAACUUUGCUGCUAUAGGCAUAGAUGAACUCUUUUCUGAGGCUGCUUCUGUGUCUGUGCAUGCCACCAAUUGCAACAAGAGUACUCAUGCAACACAAGGGGAAACAAGCAGAGGCAAAGAGGUUUAUGUUAACAAGGAUUUGGUUGGUGAGAGUAGUGGCAUGAAUACUAUAGAAGAUGCAUGGAAAGCUGUGGUUGCUAAGUCUCCACAACUGCAUGUGGAUCAAAAGGCAGAAGAGUUCAUCUCCAAGUUUCAUGAAGAUAUGAGGCUUCAGAAAGAGAGGUCAAUGCUUGAAUUUCAGGAGAUGCUAGCACGCAGUGCCUAA